AUGGAUCAUCUGGACAGAAGGCUGGCAGUGACUCUUCUCCUCUUCUCAUUCAUCUCGUUCUCCACUCAGAAAACCUCAAUCUCCUGGUGUGUAGUGUCGGAGGCAGAGGAGCAGAAAUGUCUGGAUCUGGCUGGGAGUGCUACAGCUCGGAAUAUCAGAGGAACGCUGCUGUGCGUCCGUGGCCAGAGUCCGACAGACUGUAUGGAGAAGAUCAAGAAUGGUACAGCGGAUGCAGCAGCCAUGUUUGCUGAUGACAUCUACACAGCUGGCUGGUGCUAUGGACUAGAACUGGCUGCUGGAGAGUCUUACAACGGAGUGGAUGGUAUCAGCUACUAUGUUGUAGCUAUGGCUCGUCGCUCCUCCAGUGACCUGUCCCUGUUGGAGAUGCAUGAACGCAGCUCCUGUCACCCAGGGAUCCGUACCACGGUGGGCUGGACUGUUCCUAUUGGCUUCCUGGUCAACACCUCACAGAUCAGUGUCGAUGAACAAUGCAACUUUCCUAAAGCGGUGGGGGACUUCUUUGGCUACAGCUGUGUACCAGGAGUAAAGGACAGAGAACACGACCCCAGAGGAAACAACCCUAAGAACCUGUGUGAAGCCUGCAUAGGAGACGACAACGAGAGACAUAUAUGUGUUAACAACCACCGAGAGAGACACUAUGGAGAGGCUGGGGCACUGAGGUGUGUGGCUGAGAAUUUGGGCGAUGUGGCAUUUGUCAAACACACCACCAUUUUUGACAACUUGGAUGGCAACAAUAUGGAAUCAUGGGCCAUGGACCUGGAACUGGAGGACCUAAAGCUGCUGUGCCCGGAUGGCAGCGAGGCCGGGCUGUUUGACCAUGAGACGUGUCACCUGGCUGUGGUGCCAGCUAACGCUGUGGUGGUACGACUAGAGGACAAGUGUAGAGUCUGGAAAUACCUGGAACGCCUACAGAAUGUGUUUGGGAACACCACCAUGUUCAGCUCAGUGGGCUACACCCAAUCAGAUCUCCUGUUUUCUGACUCCACCCACCACCUACUCAGGGUUGUGGGUAGUUACACUUCCUGGUUGGGUCCUUCAUACACCACUGUCCUGCAGGCCUUCGAGUGUGAAAGUUUGUGCUGA